AUGCCGCCAAAGAAACCAACAAAACGAAGCAACAGAGGGAAUCUUGAUUAUGGUAAGUACUUAGUGGAAUUAAAUUUUCUUAUGAUUUUGGUGUGGGGUAUCGGAGGUCAGAGGAGUGCUGCCGAGGCCGGCGCCACAGCCUAUAUAUCUGUCAAUAUAUAUGUUCAUAAUCGAACAGCCUCCUGCGAAUGCAUCCCAUUGAACCCCGACGACUUGUCCGAAGGCUGCCGCCCCGAGAGGGUGCUCAAUUACUGCGCGGAUGAUCAUGUCGGCAAUGGGUCCAAUACAACGAUAUAUUUCAUGAUCGUGGUGAUUGACAACGCGGACUUCCCAUUCGAGAGCUUCGUGGAUUUUGUUGAAUGCCGAGGCUUGACGAUGGAGGACUGCUAUAGCUAG